CACGUCUACCGCUCCGCGGGGGCAUAUUGGUGUGCACCUUCGGAGAAACACAGCAACCCCGAAUAAAACAACGUACUUUGAAACCGAUUUUCAUUUUUACAUACCCGGUGGUUUGAAAUUCUAAUACUAUAUACAAUUGCCAAUUAAAGCUCUAAAAAUUAAAAAACCAUAGCUGUCGAUGGAAAGACCCCCCAGUGAGCUAUGCACACAGAACAAUCCGGUAAAAUCAUCACUGCGACGUUGAUAACCACACAGACGACGGAUGUUUGUUAAAUGUGUACCUUGUGUAUUUGAUAGAUGUGUGAAAUAGUAAGGGAGUCGCCAGUUUUGUCGGCAGGUCCAAGUGGGAAUCAGUGUUUGGUAGAAUAAUAAAAUUAAACUCAUAUAACACUAGACGUGAUGUGCCAGUAGCCUCAGGCAAUCCCCGUUUAUUUUCCCCUUAAGUAACUAUUAUUUCCAUCAUCAGCACUACCAACAACAACAACAACGACAAAAAAUAGCGGCAGAAAUAGCAACAACAACAAUGAAACAAUAUGAAUAGCCCGCAAUUUUUUAAUCAGUCAUUAAAUCGACGACACAGCAAUGAGCGUCGUAGCGUCUGGCAGUCAACAAGUCGUGAAAGAAGGCUGGCUCCAGAAAAGAGGGGAACACAUUAAAAAUUGGAGAUCGAGAUAUUUCGUACUUCGGGAUGAUGGAACACUUGUUGGAUUUAAAUCAAAACCUGAUCAACAAAUGGCAGCAACAGCACAACCACUUAAUAAUUUCACUGUACGGGGAUGUCAGAUCAUGUCGGUUGAUCGACCAAAACCCUUCACUUUUGUUAUUCGGGGAUUGCAGUGGACUACAGUUAUCGAGAGGACAUUUCACGUGGAGACUGAGCAGGAAAGAGAGGAUUGGGUUGCAGCAAUCAGGUACGUCGCGGAUAGAUUAGCAACUGAAGAACAACACUUACAACAACCAUCGAUGCAAAUAUCAUCUUCAUCCGAAGACGUUGAGAUGGAAACAACUGGUGGUAUAAGAUCAGAUUCUGGAAGUUCCCUCGGCAUUAUGUCGACCGAUGGACAUGGUAGUAUAGACGAGCUCUCCGCCAAAUUCAGUGUUCAGGGAACAUCCAGUAGUAAAAGCAGUGGAAAGAAGAAAGUUACUCUAGAGAACUUUGAAUUUUUAAAAGUUCUCGGUAAAGGUACAUUUGGAAAGGUUAUUUUGUGCCGUGAAAAAGCCACAGGUCAUCUAUAUGCCAUCAAAAUAUUAAGAAAAGAAGUCAUCAUUAGGAAAGACGAAGUUGCUCACACAUUGACGGAGAAUCGGGUAUUACGAACUACCAGUCAUCCUUUUUUAAUAUCCCUCAAAUACAGUUUCCAAACAGCAGAUCGAUUGUGUUUCGUCAUGGAAUACGUCAACGGCGGGGAACUAUUUUUCCAUUUGAGUCGUUCACGAGUAUUUGGAGAAGAUAGAACGAGAUUUUAUGGGGCAGAAAUUAUAUCAGCCCUCGGAUAUCUUCACUCACAGGGAAUAAUUUACCGUGAUUUGAAACUUGAGAAUUUGCUUCUCGAUAAGGAUGGACACAUUAAAAUCGCUGAUUUUGGACUGUGCAAAGAAGACAUUACAUAUGGAAGAACGACAAAAACUUUUUGUGGGACACCCGAGUAUCUGGCACCGGAAGUACUUGAAGACAAUGAUUAUGGACGAGCUGUAGACUGGUGGGGUGUCGGUGUUGUUAUGUACGAAAUGAUGUGCGGACGUCUUCCAUUUUACAAUCGUGAUCAUGAGAAAUUAUUUACACUUAUACUUCUCGAGGACGUCAAAUUCCCACGGACUAUUUCUAAUGAGGCAAAAGAUUUGCUUGGUGGUUUAUUGAUCAAAGAUCCAAGUAGACGACUCGGUGGCGGUCCAAACGACUCUAAAGAUAUAAUGAGCCAUGCAUUUUUCUCAUCAAUUGACUGGUCAGAUCUUGUCCAGAAGAAGAUAGCACCACCAUUUAAGCCUCAAGUAACCUCUGAAACCGAUACACGAUACUUUGACAGUGAAUUCACUGGUGAAAGUGUAGAAUUAACUCCUCCAGAUCAAGGAGGCGUAGGUAGUGCUGGUGGUUUGAACUCCAUUGCUGAAGAGCAAGAACAUUUUCCCCAAUUCUCUUAUCAAGAGAGUCAUUCGGCUGCUACAUCUUCCAUUUCGGUGUCAAUUACGCACUGACAUUGUCAGGAUUGCUUAACAAUUCUACGAGAAAAUGAUAAAACUAGUACGAACACAAUAUGAGUUUCGUUUGCUGCAUGUUUUAUGGUUAUUUAAAAUACUAGGUUUGAAAAAAUUUGAUUACAUAAAAAAUUACUAAUUCCCAGAACAAAUCCUAUCAUAAAUUCUAUCAUCAAUUUCAUUUAUUUCUUACGCCAAUUCUAUUGAAAAUUAUGCUAUUUUAUUCUGUCAUUUUGUUAACAAAUGGUUUAUUACACAAAUACCAAUGACUUUUUAGUCUAUUAUAGAACUUUUUGGGCAUACUCCAAUUGUCCAUGUUUUAUAUUAGUUUCUCAUAAUAAAAUGCAGGGGAAAAAUGGUCAAAUUAUUGGUCAAGAAUUCGUAUACAAGCAAUCCCAAUAGAAUGCAUUCAAUUUAAAAAAUGAAACAUGUCCAUGUUUUUUUCCAAGUCGGAUAAUUUUUAAUACAAUUGGUGCAAAGAUAAAACAAUGAAAAUUUUUCAAAAAGCGUUUAAUAGAUUUUUUUUGUUAAAUUUUUGCGUACUUGAUUGUUCGGUUAUGAAGAUAAUUAUGUUGUUGUGGUCAUGUAUGUGCGUAAUUAUCGUACGUUAAGGUAUGUUAAAAUGAAUCAAUUGAAAAUUGAAACGAAUAUUAAUUGUAAAAAGAAACGUAAAUUUAUCAAUAAGAGGCUGGUGGAUGAUUAGCUAAAUUUGUGUAUUUUUUUUGUUUUUGUUCCUAUGUUAGGAUAAUAAUUAUGUGAGCAUACAAAAAAAAGGAAAAAUCGUGAGGAUGAGAUGAAUUAUAACCAUAGAAAAUUGAAUAUAUAUUAUACACUACUAUAAUUAUUAUUAUAUUAUAAAAAAAAUAUUUAUAUUUUAACAAUUAAAGUAAUUACAAUACAGUGAA